AUGACCGCCGGACUCAACGAGUGCGACUCCAGAACGGCCUUCGAGACAGUGAACGGCUCCUACACGUUCGUGAUCACCCACUUCUCGGAGGCCCAGUCUCGGGGAGUGGGCCAGUUCGUGUUCAGCGAGACGUUCGCCGCUGGCGGCUACGACUGGGCCAUCUACUUCUACCCUGGCGGCAUGAGCCCAGAGGACAGCGAGUACUCGUCGGCCUUCAUUGCGCUAAUGACCGACGACUCAGACGUGAGGGCGUUGUUUGAGCUCAGGCUGGAGGACCGGAGCGGGGAGGGGAACCACCUGGUCUUCACCCUUUUCCAUCACCCCCUCGUGAAGGGCCCGCACACGCUCAUGUACCGGGAAAGCAUGUGGGGAUACCCUCGGUUCUUGAAGAGAGAUCAUCCAGAGGCAUCGCGCUACAUCAAGGACGACUGCCUUAUCCUGCACAGCACCGUAGGAGUCGUGAAGGCCAAAGUUGAGGGGCCGAGACACUAUAGAGUCGCCAUUCCGCCGUCGGACAUGGGUCAGGAUCUGAAGGCUUUGUUGGAAUCUGGAUUGGGAACCGACAUAGAAAUCGUAGUUGGCGACGAAACGUUUAAAGCCCACAAAUUGAUUCUUGCCGCUCGAUCUCAGGUAUUCAAAGCCCAGUUUUUUGGUCCUAUUGGCGAUCUCAACAUAGAGAAACUCGUUGUGGAGGACGUUGAUCCUUUCAUUUUCCAGGCAAUGUUGGAAUUUAUGUACACCGAUGAGUUUCCCGACAUCGGCGAAGUUGUAGGCUCGAUCUCUCCUUCUUCAUCCACCAAUGUAUUGCUACAUUUAGUGGCUGCUGCUGACCGCUACAGUCUCAAACGAUUGAGACUACUAUGCGAGUCAAAGUUGAGUGGGCAGAUCACCGAAGAUACGGUGGCGACGAUAGUCGUGUUGGCUGAUCAGCACCAUCUACACAAGCUGAAGGCAAUAUGCCUGGAUUUUGCUGUGAAUCCGGCAAACUUGGGAGGGGUGAUGAAGUCCGAAGGUUUCAAGCACCUGGAAGAGAAUUGCCCUUCGGUAUUGUCGGAGCUACUCUCGGCUGUCAGCAACCGGCAAACUCGAGGUUGCCGACCAUUCGAAGAGGAGUAG